AGAUGAAAGGUUGUAAGAUUAUUUAAGAGUUGGAGCGGAAUCAGAUUAUAAUGGCAACAGGUGACCUAAAAAGAAGUUUGAGGAAGCUAGAACAAGUUCUUCGUUCACUAAAUUACCCUAAUGAGGUGGAUUAUGUCGGUCUGAAUUGGGUUAGGAGGCCCACGAGGUACCUCACUCACCUCAGCCAUUGAAUUCACUGCUGGCUGUGAGUAUGUUCCAAGCCCUGGAGAGGGCAGCAUCCUCCCACUUGGGGCUUCUCCUGCCCAGUCUGCCCCACAUGUGGAGCCCUGCUCUCUGGGAACUCACCUUCCCGCUAGGGGAGAGCCUGGUUAGGGCCUGGGGGUGGGGUGGGGUAGUCUCAGAUCUUCCCAGGGGCCAAUGGAGUGACGAGCACUCAGCUAGUGGCCCAGCUGAUGAGCUUCCCCUGCCCAUGGUUUUCUUUUUAUGAGUCUUAUUUAAAUUCACUUUUGAGCUAACAGCUUGGUACAGGAACUGGUUGUUAAGCCCGACGACCCUGACUUCAAUCCCCAGGCCUCACACUGAAGCAAAAGCUCCAACUGCUCCUCAAAUUGUCCUUUGUCCUCAUGUGUGUACCAAGAUGCCUGUGCUAUCAUAUAUGUUUCCUGAUGAAGGGAGACACAGCAGCAUCCUUGCCCAUCAUCAGCUAUUCUCUUACCUCAUACUCCCCUCAUGUAGCAGAACUUCUGAUGGAAUCCAAUAUAGAGCUCAUAGCGAAGAAUGAUGUGCGCUUUACAGAUACUGUCUAUAAGCUUCUUCGUGAUCAGUUUGAUUAUAAACCAAUUUUGACAAAAAAGCAGUUUAUACAGUCUGGAUUUGCUGAAUGGAAAAUUGAAAUUGUCUGUGAUAUAUUAAAUUGUGUGAUGAAAAAACACAAGAAAUUGAUUGGCCUUGACAAGAAUUCAUCAUGCCAAAGGAAGAAGAGCAUUUCUGAGAAGCCAGAACCUUGUUCAAGUCGUGAGAAGUGCCCUGCAGAGGCGGUUGGCAUUGACGUCACGGGCAGGUUUAUGACAUCAGGAAAGAAGAAGGCUGUGGUGAUCCGUCACCUGUAUACUGAAGAGAACGUUGGUGUUCCUGAAGGGACAGUAACCUCAACAGAAGUGAGUGAAGGCUGCGAUGAGUUGGAAGAGCAGAGUUCUGACAUACGCAUUCCUGAGGCGCAGGCCCCUGAGGUCAAGGCUGAGCUGCAAGAUAUGUGUGAUAAUCCUGAGCUUACCGCACUUCAGAUCGCACUGGCUGAAUGUCAGGAAAAGCUGAAGAAGCUGACUUGGAUAGAGAAACGGCUUGAGUGUUUGGAAGCUACAACAAAAGGGAAAGUGAUGGUCGAUGAGAAGGCCUGGAAUAAUAUUCUAAGUCGAGUGACUCUUCUCGAAACAGAGAUGCUUCUGUCUAAAAAGAAUGAAUCUGUAGAGCCUAACACAACAAGUGAAGACUCUGAGUCAGUUAGUGGUGUGGAUGUUGUGCCCUAUGAUAAAAAAUACAGUGUUGAGGGGCCGGCCAGUACCUGUCACUCAUCUGGCUACAGUACAGUAUCGUCGGCAACAGUGCCCAGGAGCUCCACUAUUAAUUACUGUGGCUUGAACAAUUUUUCAGAGGAAACAACUAUGCAGAAAAUGGAAAGGAUGAAAAAAAUGUUUGAAGAGACCGCAGAGUUACUGAAAUGCUCCAGUCGCUAAUUGUAGACUGUUCUGCAUAAACGUCCCAGGACUUUGGCUACUUAUAUAUAUUCUGUAUCUAAGAAUUCUGUGUAUAAUUUUAAUAUACUAUAAUUUUUAAUAGAUGAUAAUUUUUAUUAAGAAUUUGCACUCUAUUUGAUAUUUGAGUUUUUUCAUUUUUAAAUAAAUACUUUUAAUAGUUUAA